UUAUCAGCGCGUACAACAACUCCUUCCGCGGGAUGAGAUACAACGCGUCCACUUUUGUGCAGGUAUUUUUGAUUUCUUAUUUAAUUCUUUUCUUCAAUAUUAUAACGGUUUCAAGACAUGAUAACCAUUAAUAAAACAUUGUAGGACUUUUCGCACGGUAUCGACGAGACGCUUUAUUUGCCAGCCGUCUCUUUUAUACGGACGAAGCUACGUUUACGCCUAAUGGCGUUUUUAAUUCACGCAAUAUGGUAAGGUGGUCCGACGAAAAUCCGCGUGCCGUUCGUCAAAUCUCCUUUCAAUAUCGCUGGGCGAUUAAUGUAUGGGCAGGUGUAAUUGGCGAUAGAUUGGUAAAUAUUCUUACGAAAUAACAAUUUUUCUUUUGCUAUACUUAUACAUAUACUCGACGCGUAUAUUAAUAACUGUUACAAAUAAUUACCGCUCUUAUAAAUUACUACUAAUUUUUAGAUUGGCCCAUUCUUUCUGCCACCACGGCUUAAUGGAGAAGUAUACGGACAUUUUUUAAUUAAUGAGUUGCCGCCUCUUUUAGAGGAUAUUCCUCUACAUGUUCGGAAUAAUAUGAUUUUCCAACAUGAUGGAGCUCCGGCACACUUCUCCCGUCGUGUGCGUGAUAUCUUAGACGCACGUUUUCCAGAUAGAUGGAUGGGUCGAGGUGGCCCAAUCGCCUGGCCACCACGAUCGCCGGAUUUAAACGUGCUCGACUACUUCGUAUGGGGCCACAUUAAAACGAAGGUCGAGCACAUGCGUGAACGUGGCGAAGCUGAGGUGCGCGAAGCGAUAUCAGCGGUCUUUCAAACAAUAACGCCAGACAUGAUACGCCGUGCAACACAGCAGAUUGUUCGAAGAGCCGAACUGUGUUUAGAAACACAAGGCAAACAUUUCGAGCAAUUAUUGCAUUAAAAUAAUGAGAGUGGAUUAGGCCUACUGGGGAAACCACUUAAAAAAAAACGCGCCAAGCUAUCUACCUCGGUGGUGGUGCGGAAACGAUAGCGUUUCGUGAAUUUGCUAAGUUCGUCCAACUUUUAUUGAGAACUUUUUUUACUCUGCAAUACUAAAAAUAAGGCAGAAUAUUGUUGCAACUUUCAUAUUAAAAGAAAACAAAGAUAACAAAAUGUAUUUCGCGAAUUUAACAGAAUAUCUUUCCCUCUAAAAUAUUUACAGAAACACAAUAAACAUCAUUUUUAACAACUGUUCCAAUCAAUACUAUUUGAGUUUUAUUAUGUGUCAUAAAAAAUUUUUUUAACGAGAUUACUAUUUCUUUAACACUUUUAACAUUAAACACGAUAUGACAUUCAGAGAGAAAGUAUCGUGCUGAUUAUUUAUCGCAGUCUAAUGAUAAUUUUCGCUAAUUUUGAUCUUCGAGUGUGUUUAAUAAUAAAAAUAUAAAGAAAUAAUUAUUGUUGAAAUUUUAUUUAAAUUACACAAAAUGGAAGUAGAAUAGUACAAACUGGAAAUGUUGUUAAAAGUGAUAAUAUUUAUUGUAUUUGUGUACGUAGUACUUGAGAGGGAAAGUGAGAGGGAGAGAGAGAGAGAAAGGUGUUUACUAAAAUGCGUGAAAUACUUAUCCAUAAUAUGUAACAUUCUUUGUAAUAACACAUAGAAAAAUUCCCCCCUGUUGAUGUGACGAUUUCACAAUAGUGUUGCGCUUCUUGCGUCGCGCUCUCGCAUUCGUCAGCUCUACAAACUCUGUACACAAUUGCGCACUCCCGUGCGCACGAAAUAGGAUAGCACGUUUUCUUAAAAAAAA